GGAGGGGCGGCCGGUGCAGCCGCGGCUGCCAUCUUAGCAACUCCUGGCGUUGCGGCCUUGUCGUUGGAGGCGGCCUUCGUGGCGGUCUUCGGCCUCAGGGAGCGAUAGAAAGUCAACUGACUGACAGCUUUCUUUCCCCGGGCUUCGACAGGACGGUCGGCCCGCAUCCGGAGGCGGAGGCGAGGGUAGCCGGGCACGUGUGGGGCCCGAGGCCAGCGGUUAGUCACAGCGUCGCCCGGAAGGAUGGGCCGGUCUCGGAGCCGGAGCUCGUCCCGCUCCAAACACACCAAGAGCAGCAAGCACAACAAGAAGCGGAGCCGGUCCCGAUCGCGGUCUCGGGACAAGGAGCGCGUUCGGAAGCGCUCCAAAUCCCGGGACAGUAAACGGAACCGGCGGCGGGAGUCGCGGUCGCGCUCGCGCUCCACCAACACGGCCGUGUCCCGGCGCGAGCGGGACCGGGAGCGCGCCUCGUCCCCGCCCGACCGCAUCGACAUCUUCGGGCGCACGGUGAGCAAGCGCAGCAGCCUGGACGAGAAGCAGAAGCGAGAGGAGGAGGAGAAGAAAGCAGAGUUCGAGCGGCAACGAAAAAUUCGGCAGCAGGAAAUAGAAGAAAAACUCAUCGAGGAAGAAACAGCACGAAGAGUGGAAGAAUUGGUGGCAAAAAGGGUAGAGGAAGAAUUGGAGAAAAGGAAGGAUGAAAUUGAGCGAGAAGUUCUCCGAAGGGUGGAGGAAGCCAAGCGCAUCAUGGAAAAGCAGUUGCUCGAAGAACUCGAGCGACAGAGACAAGCUGAGCUUGCAGCACAAAAAGCCAGAGAGGAGGAAGAACGUGCAAAACGUGAGGAGCUAGAGCGAAUACUAGAAGAGAAUAACCGAAAAAUUGCAGAAGCACAAGCCAAACUGGCUGAAGAACAGUUGAGAAUUGUUGAAGAACAAAGAAAGAUUCAUGAGGAAAGGAUGAAACUAGAACAAGAGCGACAACGUCAACAAAAAGAAGAACAAAAAAUUAUCCUGGGCAAGGGGAAGUCCAGGCCAAAACUGUCCUUCUCAUUAAAAACCCAGGAUUAAAUUGCAAACUCUGAACUUUUUACAAAGAAAAAUGGAAAAACUUUGUAUGGUAGCUUCAUGUUGAAGUGGUUUUUUUGUUUCGUUUUUGUUUUUUUAAUUUGGAAAAUCUGGAAAGUUAGCUUGUUCUAAUAGGGGCUAUGCUCUGCAAUUCCUUUUUCCCCCCUCCCCCCACCCCCUUAACUUCCAUUAAGUCAAAUCCUUAUCAGAUCAUUGUUAUCUUCUAAAAAAGUGAUAUAUUUUUCACCUGUUGGAUUCUGUAGUAGUGGUCUGAAGAAGAGCAGAUCACUUUGUAAACUAUGGAUGGUCUGAUAAGGCUUUUACUGACCCACUGACUUCAGAGUUAUACUCUGUUUACUACAUCAUAAUGCUGGUUUUGCUGACUUUUUGUUUUUUUAUAUAUUUAUAAAAAAAGAAAAAGUCGGUAAUUGCAUUGGAAGCGCCCAGGGUGUCACUGGACGUUUGUGUGGUGUAUUGUUAGACCAGUGUCCUUGCGACACUGUUGCUCUUGACGUUCCCGACACAGGUAAGGAAACGGUCGGUCAGCUCUGAUACACGAUAUAUAUACAGUGCAGUAUUGUCUCUGUUCAGUUUGUUCUUAUUUCAUUGACAAAAUCAAACCAGCAUUCCCCAUUGUGUAAAUAAAUGAUUUUGCUGAAUAAAGUAAAGUCUUAAAUUCA